AUGGGCGGAUCGAUACUGAAAUACAAGCUGAGUAAUGUUUCAGCUACUCACAUCAUGUGGAACCCCAGAAACAACCCAGUUCCCCAGGUCUUCAUCGAUGUCCUUCUCGAUGAGGAGGAAGCCGAAGAAGUGGUCAUCGAUGAAGAGGUUGGGGAACAAGAUGACUGGGAUGUAUCUAGCAUGCCAAUUUGCUAUGUGCGGUCCGACAGGUCAUGGGGGGACCUGUCGGAGUUGCUGGUAGAGCCUGCGGAGGUGUCUGGGUCACCUGCUCCGGCUCCGGUUGCAGCUCCAGUGGCUGCUCCGGAGGCUGUACCAGGCCCCGCACCCCGCAUAGUGGAAGGGUCACCUGCUCCGGCUCCGGUUGCAGCUCCAGUGGCUGCUCCGGAGGCUGUACCAGGCCCCGCACCCCGCAGAGUGGAAGCUGCGAUGGCGCUACUUUAUCUAGUAGCGGUACUGGGCCCGCUCCGCAUACCAUUGGUCGCUCCAAUGAUUUAUAGAGCCUCUUCUGAUCACUCUGAAAGAGACGGUUUUGAUUGA